GUUUUUAAAUCCCCCAGGACUCUCUCUUCAUUGCUGCCUCUUUUGGGUUUCUUUCUUGCAUUAUAUUAAAAUUUUCUCGAUCUAAUUACUCCAGCAAAGUUGGAGAUUGGAGAAGAGUUUUAUUCAGUGAACUGGAGAUAUGGCUUGUUUGGUUGCUUCUCCGAAGCUUCCACUAGAGCCUAAACCUUGUCCCUUUGUUACUAGAACAUCAUACAAGAAAAAAUGCAAAUCUAUUGCUCCUGUGGCAAGAUUGUUUGGACCAGCUAUAUUUGAGGCUUCAAAGUUGAAGGUUUUGUUUCUGGGUGUGGAUGAAAAGAAGCAUCCAGGGAAGUUGCCAAGAACUUAUACACUUACUCACAGUGAUAUAACAUCCAAGCUUACUUUGGCCAUCUCACAAACCAUAAACAAUUCUCAGCUGCAGGGUUGGUAUAACAGGUUGCAAAGAGAUGAAGUUGUGGCAGAGUGGAAGCAAGUAAAGGGAAAGAUGUCUCUACAUGUUCACUGUCACAUAAGCGGAGGACAUUUUUUAUUGGACUUGUGUGCUAGACUUAGAUUCUUCAUCUUCUGCAAGGAACUCCCAGUGGUACUGAAGGCUUUUGUUCAUGGGGAUGGAAAUUUGCUCAAUAAUUAUCCGGAGUUGCAGGAGGCUCUGGUUUGGGUUUAUUUUCAUUCAAACAUUCCAGAAUUCAAUAGAGUGGAAUGCUGGGGACCUCUCAAGGAAGCUGUUGAGCGAUCUAGUGGGGACGGUGGGACUAAUCAGGAAAGUUUAAUCAGCAACUGGAAAUUACCAGAGACAUGUCAAGAGCUCUGCAGCUGUUGCUUUCCACCAAUGAGCUUGAUCCCAUGGUCACAAAAGCUUCCCCAGGAAAAUGAAAAUCAUGGGACCCAAGAAAGCUUCCAACAACAAAUCUAAUCACAUAUGAAAAUUGCUUUUUAGGUCAUUGUCAUCUCAUCGUUUGCUUGUGUCUUAUUAUAGUGUAAAAAUAUACAGUAAAGUCUAGUCCUCACAAACUACAAAUUCUAAAAAGGUGGUAGUGUGUAAUCGGUUAAUAGAUCUAGGGUUUUACCCUUUUGUUGUAGUUAAUUUAGCCUCGAAAAAAGGUCUAAUUUAAAUGGAAUUCUUUAUUAC